AUGCCUCCUGUUGCCUCACCCCGCGUUUCUCACUCCAAUGCUCGCAGCAACGUGGCGCCUUACCAGGCGUCACCGCACAAGAUCUCCGAUGCCUCACCCGAAGGUUCCGGUCAGCGCUUUGUGAAGCCUCAAGGUGACAAGCACACGAAUAACAAGGCCGCCUCUGCGAUCGACGAGUCUCCAGCCCGCAACAUUCUAACUCAUAUCGAGAGUGGCCCCGGAAGUGCACUCCUCCUCCGUCUUAAGGAGGUCGAGCGCGAGCUCCCCUUCCCACCUGUGUCCCAGCCCCCAGGAACUCUGCGGCCGGACUCGAGGUGCUUCAUCGGUCUCAAGGUCAACGACAUUUCUGCCUUGGUUCGCUGGCGCCAUGGACAGUGGGCUAUCAGCUCCAUCAACGCGCGCAGGGCACACAUCUCCAAAACCCCUGCUGCCGCCCUCGCCGACUGUUCCCAGGCACUCUUCGACGCGGAGGCAAGGGCUUCCAAGACGUCUCCUCAGACAGCACCGGAGGCAGGUUCUUCCAGCGUCCCCACUGUCUCGAACACUGCUCUGGUCCCCAGAGCCCCGUCGACCCCUUCAACGGCCACUUCCGCCUUGGGGUCCAUCGCAACGUCUCAGUUCAACAACGUCCUCUUCACCGUUCCCGAUGGCGUCAAGGAGAUCACCCUCGGCUUAUUCAUUGCCUUGGUGAUGCAGCACAACGCCCGCCGUGACGAUGACUUUGUCCAGGCCUACAAGUCCAAACGGGCUUCCUUCAAGCUUUGGCUGGAGCAAAUCAACGCUGCCAUCGAGCGUGGCGAUGUGGGCUUCCUCGACGCACAGCUGGACGCAGGGGAACGGGACAAGCAGCAGAAGAAGUGGGAAGGAACUGCAGCACGGCCGACUUGUACUUAA